CAGAAGUUUCGUGUGCACACAAGAGAACUUGAAUGCUUUUGCAACCAUGGCAAGCUUGGUUGAUGUCGGUUGGAAACUGCUGGAAUUUAAAGCCCGAUCAAAACGAUCAGUUUUGUGAUUUAGCUGAGAAAGAGAGAGAGAGAGAGACGAUUGACCUUAAUUUCACCUUUUGAAAAUGGCUGCGAAAAAGGGGCCUCAUCAGAAAGUCCAGAGACUGGGAUCCAUCUAUGAGCCCCUCAAGCUGUCCAUCCUCCACCGCGAGGAUGAGCCCCUGUGGGAGAAGCUGGACCGCUACUACGCCGCCGUCAAGACCACCAUACUCAACUACCAAAGUCCCACCACUGGGCUCUUCCCCGUGAAGAUCUGCUCCACUUGUAACGAGGCCAAGGUGCGGGACUCCUUGUACUGUGCGGCGGCAGCUUGGGCGCUGUCCUUAGCCUACCGACGCAUCGAUGACGACAUGGGGCGCACCCACGAAUUGGAGCACUCGGCCAUCAAGUGCAUGAGAGGAAUCCUCUACUGCUACAUGAGGCAAGCUCAUAAGGUGGAGCAGUUCAAGCAGGACCCCAGCCCCUCCAAGUGUCUGCACUCCAUGUUCAACUUGCACACGGGCGACGAGAUCCACACCUACGACCAGUACCACCACCUGCAGAUUGACGCCGUUUCCCUGUUCCUGCUCUACCUGGUGGAGAUGAUCUGCUCCGGCCUGCAGAUCAUCUACAACACGGACGAGGUGUCCUUCAUCCAGAACCUGGUUUUCUGCGUGGAAAGAGCCUACAGGGUCCCCGACUAUGGCAUGUGGGAACGAGGCAGCAAGUAUAACAACGGCAGCACCGAGCUGCAUUCAAGCUCCGUGGGCCUGGCCAAGGCUGCUCUGGAGGCCAUCAAUGGAUUUAACCUUUUUGGAAACCAGGGUUGCUCCUGGUCGGUGAUCUUCGUGGAUCUGGACGCCCACAACCGAAACAGGCAAACGUUGUGCUCCCUGCUUCCUCGAGAGUCACGCUCUCAUAACACAGAUGCAGCCUUACUUCCGACCAUCAGCUACCCUGCCUUCGCCGUGGACGACGACGCACUCUACAGCCAGACACUGGAUAAAAUCGUCCGCAAACUGCGUGGCAAAUACGGCUUCAAGCGUUUCCUCCGCGACGGAUACCGUACCUCCAACGAAGACAAGGAGCGCCGAUACUACAAAUCUGCUGAAAUGAAGCUCUUUGAUGGGAUCGAGUGCGAGUUUCCCAUAUUCUUCAUCUUCAUGAUGAUUGACGGGGUGUUUCGAGGAAACCAGGCUCAGGUGAAAGAAUACCAGGACCUGCUUCAGCCAAUCAUCUUUGAGUCUUUUGAAGGUCAUGCUGUGGUGCCCAAGUACUACUACGUGCCGGCGGACUUUGUGGAAGCGGAGCAAAGCAAGCACGGCAGCCAGAAGCGCUUCCCGAGCAACUCCGGGCGAGACGGCAAGCUCUUCCUUUGGGGACAAGCGCUCUAUAACAUAGCCAAGCUGCUUGUUGAUGAACUGAUCAGCCCCAAGGACAUCGACCCCAUCCAUCGCCAUGUUCCUCGCCAAGACCAACGCAAUGUCAGCAUGCGCUACUCAAACCAGGGCCCCAUAGAGAAUGAUGUUGUGGUCCACGUGUCACUGAUAGCUGAGAGUCAGAGACUGCAGGUGUUCCUGAACACAUACGGUAUUCAGACGCAGACACCACAGCAGGUGGAGCCCAUCCAGAUCUGGCCUCAGCAAGAACUGGUCAAGGCGUACCGCUUCCUGGCUGUCAACGACAAGCUGGGCCUGAGUGGCCGUCCGGAUCGACCCGUGGGCUGCAUCGGGACCUCCAAGAUUUAUCGCAUCCUGGGCAAGACGGUGGUGUGCUACCCCAUCGUCUUUGAUCUGAGCGAUUUUUACCUUUCUCAGGAUGUCAUGCUGCUGAUUGAUGACAUUAAGAACGCACUCCAGUUCAUCAAGCAGUGUUGGAAGAUGCAAGGACGACCUCUUUUCUUGGUGCUCAUCCACGAGGACAACAUCAAGGGAAGUCGCUUCAACCCGGUUCUGGACAUGCUGGCAUCAUUCAAGAAGGGCCACGUCGGAGGGGUCAAAGUUCAUGUGGACAGACUUCAGACGCUGAUCUCAGGCGCCGUUGUGGAGCAACUGGACUUCCUGCGUGUCAACGAGGCCGAGAUCCCAGAGUUCAAGAGCUUCGAGGAGCUUGAACUUCCCAAACACUCCAAAGUCAAGCGACAGACGAGCACGCCCAACGCUUCCGACUUGGAGCAGCAGCCUGAGAUCAGCGUGGACGAGUGGCUGAACAAGCCCACCGACGAGAUCCUCCAGAAAUUCCAUGAUUGCGAUUGUUUGGCCAGCCAGGCUCAACUCGCCGGAAUCCUGCUGAGGAGGGAAGGAUCGCAGUUUCUCACCAAGGACGAGAACCUGAUGGAAGAACUGGAGAGGAUCUACCGACAAGCCGGCACACGCAAACUUUGGUCCGUUGUCCGUCUUGCCGCCAGUCUGUUAACUAAGCUGGUGGACAGCCUUGCUCCCAGUAUUACUAGUGUUUUAGUGCAUGGCAAGCAGGUGACCCUCGGCGUGUUUGGCCAUGAGGAGGAAGUGAUUUCCAACCCGCUGUCUCCCAGCGUCAUCCAGGGUAUCAUCUACAGCAAGUGUUGUCCACCAGGGGGCGAGCGUGAGGCUGUCCUGCAGCAGGAGUUGGUCAUCCACAUCGGGUGGAUCAUCUCCAACAGCCCCGAGCUGUUCCGCGGCAUGCUCAAGAUCCGAGUUGGGUGGAUUGUCCAAGCAAUGAAACAGGAGCUGAAAAUCCGGGCGGGAGACAUGCCCCCCCAGGACAUCUACCAGCUUUCUCCAAGUGAUAUCAAGCAGCUCCUAUUGGAUGUGCUGCAACCUCAGCACACGGGCAGAUCUUGGCUCCACCGCCGGCAGAUCGACGGCUCUCUGAACAGAACCCCUCUGGGAUUUUACGACCGGGUUUGGCAGAUUCUGGAGAGGACUCCCAAUGGGAUUCUGGUGGGAGGGACCCACCUCCCCCAGCAACCGACGCUGUCUGACAUGACCAUGUAUGAGAUGAAUUUUUCUCUGCUGGUGGAGGACACGCUGAAGGGCAUCGACCUGCCUGAAUUCAGACAGAUCAUCGUGGAGCUGCUGAUGGUGGUGUCCAUUGUGCUGGAGAGAAACCCAGAAGUGGAAUUUGCCGACAAAGUGGACCUGGACAGUCUGGUGAAGGAAGCCUUUGCCGACUUCCAACGGGAUCGCAGUCGCUCGGAAGACGUCAAGAAGCAGGACGACAUGCAGGCCUUCUACAAUACGCCGCCUGUGGGCCGGAGGGGCACCUCCAGCUACCUGACAAAAGCUGUCAUGACCCUGCUCCUGCAGGGAGACAUGAAACCCUGCAAGGACGACCCGUGUUCUGUCAGCUAGAAGCUCAGACACUGUUUUUCCGUCAGCCGACUCGCUCCUUUGCUUAGAUCAGCAUGCACUGAGUGCAUAAUAGGGGAGAAACACCUCACGAUUGAUGGAAAGCUAAACGGUGGAGACUAAGUAGCAAACGUGAUAGUCAUAUAUAGGUUAUUCUGUUAAGCCUUAGCGUAAAAGUGAGGUAGACUGAGAAUCUUGCGAUUGAGGGCAGCUAGUAGCAAUUUUUUAGUCUUUAUACUUAACACUUGGCAGAUGUUUCAGAAACGGUUAGCUUUUGAACGACUUGCUCUUUAUUUAGAUAAAACAAGCUAAGCUAUGGAACUGGACAAAAUGAUCUCCACAAACUAAAAGAGCCAGUGACCUGUUUGUUUCAAACUAUAAGUGCUGAAUCAUGAAAUGAUUCCAGGGGGCGCUGUGUUAUUUUUGCCUUUUAUGGUUGGUCACCAGAUGUUGUUUUGCUGCACCCACCCGCACGCAAUGAUAGCUGAAAUCUUUCACAAUUUAAUGUCGUCCGUCUGCCGAGUAUUUCAGACAUUGUUAUGGGUCUAAUCGUCCCUAACAAAUUUUAUUGGGGUAAAUAAAACUGGCUUUGGAUAUUGAUCAACAUCAAUCAAUCAAUAUCCAAACAACCGCGUGCCCUUUGCGAGUUUACAUAGCAAUGCUAGCUAUUAGCCAGUGUGAAGCUAAGCUGAAGCAAGCUACAAGUCCUCAUAACGUCUUGCUCAUAAUGGUGCCUAUGAUUAUUGUCAGAAGCAUGUUUUGCUGCUAAUUUAGAAAUCAACUUUGAAUGUGAAUUACGUCAUUGUGUUGGCAUACAUGCUAAAUGUUUUGCAUGCACAGAUAUUUUUAUUUUGCUAGGUGGCAAUAAUACAAGGAUAAAUACUCAUUUGAAAGC